CACAUCAACAUUCCUUUUGCUGAAGCCUUGGAACAAAUGCCCCGUUAUGUGAAGUUCAUGAAGGAGAUAUUGUCUAAGAAGAGAAAAAUGGAGGACUAUGAAACAGUGGCAUUAACUGAGGAGUGUAGCGCCAUUUUGCAAAAGAAACUACCGCCCAAGCUUAAAGAUCCGGGUAGUUUCAAUAUUCCAUGCUCUAUAGGGGGUUCGGUGGAAACUAAAGCUCUAUGUGAUCUGGGAGCAAGCAUUAAUCUAAUGCCGUUGUCUGUCUUCAAAAGGCUAGGAUUGGGAAAAGCAAAGCCCACAACAGUGACUCUACAACUAGCGGAUCGUUCUCUAACUCAUCCUCGUGGCAUAAUUGAAGAUGUACUGGUGAAGGUUGGUAAGUUUAUCUUCCCUGCUGAUUUCUUAAUUCUUGAUAUGGAGGAAGAUUCAACUAUUCCCAUUAUUUUGGGAAGACCAUUCUUGGCCACGGGUCGAGCAUUAAUAGAUGUUCAAAAGGGGGAGUUAAAGUUGCGAGUCCAAGAUGAAGAGGUCAAUUUUAAUGUUUUUGCCCCAACUGACAUUCCUACCUGUUGCAAGAUCGAGAUGGUGAAGCCACCGGCAGUGGAUGCAAACAAUUUCGAGAUUAAGCCUGCCAUACUACAAAUGGUGCAGUCUUCAGUCCAGUUUGGUGGACUCCCUUCUGAAGACCCCAAUCUGCAUCUAUCGAACUUCAUGGAGUUAUGUCAGACCUUCAAAGUCAAUGGGGUUAGUGAUGACGCCAUCCGUUUGAGACUCAAAGUCUGCAAAGCUACGAGGAGAAAUAAACAACUUCUGUCAGCAAGAUAA